CAAUCCCCAAUUAUGAACCCACCCAUCCAUUCCUCUUCAUCUUUAUCACUGUUGAUUCAUUAUUUUGCACUCUCGUAUUUCAUACCCAAUUAGGGUUUCUAUCGAUCUUUAUUCCCGAUUCUGCAAUCACCCACCAUGGCUUCAGGCAGCAGAGCAAGCUCUAGGGUUCAUCCCCAAGACCCUCCUCCAUCAUCAACACCUUCUACGAGUGCUGCAAACAAUCGAGUUGAUUCAAUGAGCAAAGCCAUUGCACAAUACGCAGUUGAUGCAAGAUUACAUGCUGUUUAUGAACAAUCUGGUGAAUCUGGUAAGUCUUUUGAUUACUCGCAAUCAAUCAAAACCGCAACUGAAUCCAUCGCUGAACAACAAAUGACUGCUUAUUUGUCCAAAAUUCAGAGAGGUGGUCAUAUUCAACCCUUUGGUUGUAUGAUUGCCAUCGAUAAUUCCAGCUUUAAAGUGAUUGCUUUUAGCGAUAAUGCUAGAGAAAGAUUAGGUUUAGCACCACAAUCUGUCCCGAGUCUUGAAAAACCCGAAAUCUUGACAAUUGGAACUGAUGUCAAGACCCUUUUCACCCCUUCCAGUGCCGUCUUGCUCGAAAGGGCUUUUCGGGCUCGCGAAAUUACGCUGCUGAACCCGAUUUGGGUUCAUUCCAAGAAUUCCGGAAAACCCUUUUAUGCGAUUUUGCAUCGGAUUGAUGUUGGUAUAGUUAUUGAUUUGGAACCUGCUAGGACUGAGGAUCCUGCUUUGUCCAUCGCUGGGGCUGUCCAGUCUCAGAAGCUUGCGGUUCGGGCCAUUUCGAACUUGCAAUCGUUGCCCGGGGGUGAUAUUAAGCUUUUGUGUGAUACCGUGGUGCAAAAUGUGAGGGAGCUUACGGGUUACGAUCGGGUGAUGGUGUAUAAGUUUCACGAAGAUGAACAUGGUGAAGUUGUGGCUGAAAGCAAGAGGGCCGAUUUGGAUCCUUAUAUUGGGUUACAUUAUCCCGCAACUGAUAUCCCGCAGGCUUCAAGAUUCUUGUUUAGACAGAAUCGUGUUAGGAUGAUUGUCGAUUGCCAUGCUACCCCGGUCCAUGUAAUCCAAGAUGAUGCUUUGAUGCAGCCUUUGUGUUUGGUGGGUUCGACCCUUCGAGCCCCUCAUGGUUGCCACUCUCAGUACAUGGCUAACAUGGGUUCGAUAGCUUCGUUAGCCAUGGCAGUCAUCAUCAAUGGCAAUGAGGAUGGUGUGGGAGGAAGAGGUACGAUGGGGUUAUGGGGAUUAGUCGUUUGUCAUCAUACAUCUGCUCGAUGUAUUCCUUUCCCUCUACGUUACGCUUGUGAAUUCGUAAUGCAGGCAUUCGGGCUGCAACUAAACUUGGAGCUACAAUUGGCUUCUCAGAUGUCGGAAAAACGCAUUCUAAGAACACAAACUUUGUUAUGUGAUAUGCUUCUUCGCGAUUCACCUACUGGUAUCGUGACGCAAAGUCCAAGCAUCAUGGAUCUUGUGAAAUGUGACGGUGCGGCUCUUUAUUAUCAAGGAAAUUACUACUCGAUAGGCAUCACUCCGACUGAAUCACAAAUCAAAGAUAUUGUCGAGUGGCUGUUGGCGUGUCAUACAGAUUCAACCGGUUUAAGCACCGAUAGUUUAGCGGAUGCUGGUUACCCUGGAGCCGCGUUACUUGGAGAUGCGGUUUGUGGGAUGGCAGUUGCUUACAUCACUUCUAAAGAUUUCUUGUUUUGGUUCCGAUCCCAUACAGCCAAAGAGAUAAAAUGGGGAGGAGCUAAGCAUCAUCCGGGAGAUAAAGAUGAUGGGCAAAGAAUGCAUCCGCGUUCUUCAUUUAACGCGUUUUUAGAAGUUGUGAAAAGUAGAAGUUUGCCAUGGGAGAAUGCGGAAAUGGAUGCAAUCCAUUCUUUACAACUUAUUUUAAGAGAUUCGUUUAAAGAUUCUGAAGAAAGCAUUUCCAAGGCUGUAAUUAAGGUUCAAAAUGACGAAAUGGGGUUGCAAGGUAUGGAUGAACUCAGCUCGGUUGCAAGAGAAAUGGUUAGAUUGAUCGAGACAGCAACUGCUCCUAUAUUUGCUGUAGAUGUUGAGGGCCGAAUAAACGGAUGGAAUGCAAAGAUCGCAGAGUUAACAGGUCUAUCCGUUCAGGAAGCCAUGGGGAAGUCGUUGGUUCAAGAUCUCAUUUAUAAAGAAUCCGAAGAAACCGUUGUUAAGCUUCUAAAUCAUGCUCUACAAGGCGAAGAAGACAAGAACGUGGAGAUCAAAUUGAGGACGUUCAAUUUGGCGCAAGAAGAAAAGGCUAUUUUCAUUGUGGUGAAUGCUUGUUCCAGCAAGGACUAUAUGGAUAGUAUCGUUGGUGUCUGCUUUGUUGGUCACGAUGUUACGAGGCAAAAGGUUGUAAUGGACAAAUUUGUUCAAAUUCAAGGUGAUUACCGGGCCAUCGUUCAUAGUCCCAACGCUCUAAUUCCACCUAUUUUCGCGUCGGAUGAGAACACGUGUUGCUCCGAGUGGAACACCGCAAUGGAGAAACUCACGGGUUGGGGGAGAGAAGACGUCAUCGGGAAAAUGUUGGUUGGAGAGAUUUUCGGAAGUUGUUGUCGUUUAAAGGGUCCGGAUUCUUUAACAAAGUUCAUGAUCAUUCUACAUAAUGCAAUUGGAGGGGUGGAUACCGAUAAGUACCCGUUUUCGUUCUUUGAUCGACGUGGGAAAUACGUGCAAGCUUUGUUGACGGCAAACAAAAGGGUUAAUUUGGGCGGGGAGGUUACUGGAGCGUUCUGUUUUCUGCAGAUUGCGAGCCCAGAGUUGCAACAAGCUCUGAAAAUACAACGACAACAAGAAAACAAAUGUUUUACGAGGAUGAAAGAGUUGGCGUACAUUUGCCACGAGAUCAAGAAUCCAUUAAGUGGAAUUCGGUUUGCUAAUUCUCUUUUGGAAACAACGGAUCUAACCGAAGAUCAAAAACAGUUGCUGGAAACAAGUGCUAGCUGCCAGAAACAGAUGUUAAAGAUUAUAAAAGAUGUUGAUAUGGAGAACAUCCAAGAGGGUCAUUUGGAGGUGGAAAAAGAGGAGUUUGUCGUUGGAAACGUGAUCGAUGGUGUUGUUAGCCAAGUAAUGUUAAUCUUGAGGGAUCGAGGCGUACAACUGAUUCGAGAUAUCCCAGGAGAAGUCAAAACUUUGAGCGUUUAUGGCGAUCAACUCAGGCUUCAACAAGUUUUGACGAAUUUCUUGUUGAAUAUGGUUCGCCAUUCGCCCUCGCCCAACGGUUGGGUGGAAAUUCAAGUUCGACCAACUUUAAAGCCGACUUUCUAUGGAACAACCAACGUCCAUAUUGACUUCAGGAUUGUGAGCCCGGGAAAUGGUCUGCCAUCGGAGCUGGUUGCCGACAUGUUCCAUAGCAGUGAAUGGAGGAGUGAAGAAGGUUUAGGAUUAAGCAUGUGUCGGAAAAUCUUAAAGCUUAUGAAUGGGGAUGUUCAAUAUAUCAGAGAAUCCGAACGCUGCUAUUUCCAUAUCGUGCUCCAACUUCCUCUACCCUCCACAACGUAAAACACCCACUCGAUAUCAGUUUCAGGUACUAAUUAAUAAAAGACACUUGUGAAUGUCUUUUAAUCGGGUGGCAAUUUGAUUUGUGGGAUAAUGGUACAUAAGAACGAUGUUGUUAUUAGAGAGUACACGUAUUUGUGAUUAUAACACGUUCAAUAAUUCCUUAA